CCGGUCACGCCCCUCACGUGACAAGGGCGGCGGCGUGCGGGUUCCCCCGGCGAUCGCAGUGACGUCACGGGCACGGCGCGAUGGAGGAGCCGGUGACGGCGGAGCAGCUUCGGGCGCGGGGAAACGCACUGUUCCAGGCGGGGGAUCACGGAGCCGCCCUCGCUGUCUAUACGGAGGCUUUGAGCCUGAGCGAUGCGGCGGCGGAGCGCGCCGUGCUGCACCGGAACCGGGCUGCGUGUUACCUGAAGCUGGAGGAUUACGCCAAAGCAGAGGCUGAUGCGACUAAAGCCAUCGAAGCUGACGGCCGGGACGUGAAGGCGCUGUUCCGCCGCAGCCAGGCCCUGCAGCAGCUGGGCCGCCUGGACCAGGCUGUCACGGACCUGCAGCGCUGCGUGAGCCUGGAGCCCAGGAACAAGGCCUUCCAGGAGGCCCUGCGUGCCCUGGGCAGCAGCAUGCACGAGAAGAUGAAGGCCAUGUCCUGCACGGACUCGAAAGUGGAGCAGAUGUUCCAGAUCUUGCUGGAUCUCGAUGAAAAGGAUGCGGACAAGAAGCAGAAAGCUGCACAGAACUUGAUCGUGCUGGCACGAGAAGAGGCUGGAGCAGAGAAGAUCUUCCAGAGUGAUGGCGUGAGGCUGCUGAUGCAGCUGCUGGACACGGCCAAGGCUGACCUGAUGCUGGCAGCUCUGCGCACACUGGUGGGGCUGUGCUCCGGCCACCGCUCUCGUACCACGGCCAUCUUGUCGGAACUGGGGGCACCCCGUCUUGCAGCAGUGCUGGGUGUGGAGCAUGAGCAGGUGUCCCUGGCUGCCUGCAACCUGCUGCACGUGAUGUUCGAUUCCCUGAAGGAGGGGCUGCAGAAAGACUUCCGUGGGAAGGAGGAUGCCUUGGUGCUGGAUUCCUCCAAGGACCUGAAACUGCUGAUCAAGCACCUCCUGGAGCUGCUAGUGCUGGAAGGGGCCUCAGCGCAUGGCCGUGACAACGCCCUCAACCUGCUCAUCAAGGUGGUGCCCAGGAAGUCACCAAAGGAGACCAACAACAGCCUGAGCCUCUGGGUGAUUGACCAGGGCCUGAAGAAGAUUCUGGAGGUGGGCAGCACAGUGUGUGGCAGCCUGGGCAGCCUGCCUGUGACAGAGAACACCCGGAUGAGCACCUCUGUUCUGCUGAGCAAACUGUAUGAGGACCUGAAGUGUGACGCUGAGAGGGAAAACUUCCACCAUCUGUGCGAGGACUAUGUGAGGAGCUGGUUCGAGGGGCACGAGCUGCCAGGAAAGCUGCGGGCCAUUCAGACAGUGUCGUGCCUGCUGCAGGGUCCCUCGGAUGCAGGGAACAGGGUGCUAGAGCUGGAGGGGAUCAUGGACAGUGUGCUGUCCCUCUGCGCCUCUGUCACCGAGGCCCACCAGCUGGUAGCGGUGGAGGCGCUGAUCCACGCUGCUGACAAGGCCAAGCGUGCCUCCUUCAUCACGGCCAACGGCGUCAACCUGCUCAAGGAGAUCUACAAGCACAGCGAGAGGGACAGCAUCCGCAUCCGUGCGCUCGUGGGGCUCUGCAAGCUGGGAUCCGCUGGUGGCACGGACUUCAGCAUGAAGCAGUUUGCUGAGGGAUCCACCAUGAAGCUGGCCAAGCAGUGCCGCAAGUGGCUCUGCAAUGAGGCCAUCGAUGCAGGCACACGGCGCUGGGCUGUAGAGGGCCUGGCCUACCUCACCUUCGAUGCAGAUGUCAAGGAGGAGUUUGUGGAGGACAAGGCAGCAAUGCAGGCCAUGUUCCAGCUGGCCAAGUCAGAGGACAGGAGUGUGCUCUAUGCUGUUGCCUCCACGCUGGUGAACUGCACCAACAGCUACGACCAUGAGGAGCCAGACCCACAGAUGCUGGAGCUGGCCAAGUAUGCCAAGCAGCACAUCCCAGAGCAGCACCCCAAGGACAAGCCCGAGUUUGUGAAGCGGCGCGUGCGGAAACUGCUGACGGCCGGCGUGGUGUCGGCUCUGGCCUGCAUGGUGAAGAGCGAGAACCCAGCGCUCACCAACUCCUGUCGGGAGCUGAUCUCCAGAGUGUUCCUGGCGCUGGUGGAGGAGGCAGAAGACCGGGGAGGUGUGGUUGCUCAAGGAGGAGGCAAGGCGCUGAUCCCACUGUCCCUGGAGGGCACUGAGGUGGGGCAGACCAAGGCAGCGCAGGCCCUAGCGAAGAUCACCAUCACCUCCAACCCGGAGAUGGCGUUCCCUGGGGAGCGGAUCUACGAGGUGGUGCGGCCCCUGGUCAGCCUCCUGCACCUGCAGCGUACAGGCCUGGAGAACUUUGAAGGGCUGAUGGCCCUGACCAACCUGGCUGGCAUCAGCGAGAGGCUGCGGCAGAAGAUCCUGAAAGAGCGGGCUGUGCCCAUGAUUGAGGGGUACAUGUUCGAGGAGCACGAGCUGAUCCGGCUAGCUGCAACCGAGUGCAUGUGCAACAUGGCCAUGAGCAAGGAGGUGCAGGAGAUGUUCCUGGCUGAGGGCAGUGACCGGCUGAAGCUGAUGGUCCUGUACAGUGGGGAGGAGGAUGAGAAGCUGCGGCGGGCAGCCUCGGGGACCCUGGCCAUGCUGACUUCCCUGCAUCCCCCCAUCUGCAAGCGGAUUCCCCAGGUGACAGUGCACUGGCUGGAGAUCCUGCAGGCCCUGCUGCUGAGCCCCAGUGCGGAGCUGCAGCACCGCGGCGCCGUGGUGGUGAUGAACAUGAUGGCAGCUGCUCGGGAGGUGGCCGAGCAGCUCAUCGCCAGCGAGAUGUUGGAGAUCCUCUCCGUGCUUGCCAAGGACAAGGAGAAGCCGCGGGUAGCGCAGGCGGCCCAGGAGAGCCUGGCACACGCAGUGGCUUACGGGCUCAUCAAGCCCAACCCUGGGCACGCCUGAGGGGACGCGGGGCUCGCACACGGGCUGCACACGCUGCCGGGCCGGUGCUCACACGCUGCUCUCAGGGGGCCCUGCGGGGCCGGGCUGCACGCGGAGCUGGCUCAGCACUGCCCGGGGCCGGGGCCGCGCUGCCCGCCGGUGCCCGGGGCGAGGGGAGGACAGGGCUUGCCGCUGCCUUUGCCACCGUCUGCCUUAGCCGGGAGGGCCGAGCCGGGGCGGGCCCGGCGCGGCGGAGCUAGGCCCACCCGGUAACACUAAAGCUACUCUUGGACACGG